AAAGGCUCUUACUAUCUUUGCUAAAGUGCAAAGCAAUGGCAAUGAAGUGCAGACUGUGUUUAUGUUUUGUGGACAAACAAAUUGGUUAUGCCUCCCUGAUUGACCAGACAUUCCACAACAUGGUCAAACGUGUUAUGAACUUUUCUUUACCUACAGAAAAUAGCACUGCCAGCAUAGAAUACAGUUUGCCCGUUUUGGUUUGCAACCAGUGUUGUAAAACAGUGCAAGAUUUUUACAGCUUUAGUAAAAUGGUAGAAGCUAAUCAGGAAAAAUUACGCUCGGAAGGCACGGGGUUGAACAAAACCACAUCAAUUGACGAAUUCCUGCACUACAUCAAACCGGAUCCGGACCAGCUAGCUGAGGCGUGCAAUGAUAUUUUGAAUGAUUCCCACAUGAUGUCCAUUGAAGCAGAUCCUUUGGAAAGAGCUGGUGGAAUAUACUCACCCACUACAGGGCAAAGAAUGCAAAGAGAAUUCACAGCACCAAGAGAAAGGCCAUCAACGUGUGUUGACAAAGGUGAAGUCAUGCAUAGCAUUACGGAAAUGGAAAAACGCAUAAAUAGUGUAAAGACUAAGCUUGAUGCAGUUUUACGCAAGAUGCCUAGCCCAGAGAGUGAGCAGGCUCCAGGUCCAUCUCCGACAAUACAUCCAAAUAUCGUUGAAUUCAAUCCAAUUACUACUGAAGCACAACUUAUCGAAUUUAAUACCAUGCUGAGUAAAAAAGAAUUCUUGCACGCCUUCUUAGAAUGGCUUAAUAAGCGUAUCGCAAAAGCCCACUCUGGUGAGCAGCGGAUGCAUGAAGCGCUAGAUCUUAUUUUCAGUAGGCCGUUUUUUGCCAAUUGUAGUUGGACAGGUACAUCAACACUUGGAAUACAGAAGGUAGGAUUGUACAAAUUCACACAGGUAUUGAAUAUAUUCAGAACAAUAGGUUCAAAUAUGGGCCAGCAACUUACGGAUGAUAGGAUUCGAAGUUACUUCCGAGGUAAGCUGCGAAAAGCAAAGGACAGGCUUAAAUUGCAAGGCAUCCGUAAGUCCACAUGUCGUCCAGUACGGAAAUAUUAGUUCUUAGUUCUUCAACCAAUGUGUGAAAGAAAAUUAAAUUAUAAUCUCUAUUUUUAUAGAUCAUUGAUUGAUGUGUACAAUUCUAUGUUUACUAAAAUAUAUCAUAAGAAAACAGUGCAGCUUUAGAA